GAGAAACAAACAGGGCACGUUUCAUCAACCUCAUCCAAUUGAUGAGGACAAUCCACCAUGCAUUUGGCAUACUAGCUGCGACCUUACACAAUGAGUGGAAGCUCUUGUUUCGCACCGGCAUAUAAGAGUCUAUGCUGAACUUCGACACGUGGAAGUCACCAACGAAUUGAGUCAUCUGUCGCUUUAGCAUGCUCUUUACACACGACCGCAAUCCUUGAAUUCCCGUCGCUACAUACAUGCAUCUUACAUGUAUCCGGUACGCUGCUGUUGGUUUACGGUACCCUCCACUUUUCGCACACGCUCGAUCGAUCGUCAAUGGGCAAAUAAGCACACUAAGAUACCGACGUAUAACGUAGAUAAAGUGGAGGAACAGUCACCGAGUUACAAAAGCGGUCAGAAGCUGAAUUAGCAUGUGCUUGGACUAAAUGCAAAGACGAAACACUCGAAUCUCGAGCAACGCUUGCAAAUGGUUCAUCACGUUGCCAUCUCAGGUCCCUGGCAACCAAUACAUACUUGGGAACCAGGAUAAAGUAUUUUGUUACUUCAAUCCUCGUUGCAAGUUUCCCCUUGUUCGAGAUCAAAGUCUCAUAUAUUCUAGUGCAGUGCUGGGCAGGAUUAGCAACAAUUGUGUGGCCUAGCUUGCGAAUACCUGCGUAGAAUGUAUGGGUUUUAUCAAUCGGCUGUUUGAGCUGUACAUAAUGCAGUGCAUGUUCGCAGCGUGCAUGCACAUAACUCCC